GCUUUUCUGUGGAGGUCAGUUUCUUGGGAUAGCCUGAGAGCCCUGAACUGAAGACUAGUCAUUAAGGAUAGGUAACAGCACAGGCGACUUGACUCAGCACGUCUUUAAGAUGGUUUUGCUAAGAUGUGAAUCCUGUGCAUGGCUUAGAGGUCUUCUUUUCCUGAUACUUUGCAGCAAGAUUCCUGCAGAGAGAUGCCUAGGGGGUCCUUCAUGUAUUACUACCCUGCCAGAGGGGGAACAGCAGAGAGCAUGUGUGGGGACCAGGUGUUCAGCCAAAACAAACAGGGCUUCUAGGUCUCAGCCUCAGAUGCCCAGCAGUGGUGGAAACCUGCAGCCUGGAAGAGGUCCACAGCAACCUAUUGCCUCCACCACUGAAGACCAUGCUGGGGUAACUGAAACAUGGGGGUUGGCCCAGCAACAAAUGAGCAGCAACAGCACCAAAGAAUGCAAAGGAAUAGAGUGCAAACUGCCCUUGAGGAUCCGUCUCAAGUCUAGGUCCCGGGUACCAUGCACUGGGGAAGGCUGCCCCCUAGUGGAGGGACAAAAAGACAACCAAGGUUUAGUGCGUUUAACAGACAGGGCAGCUCAGUUCAUUGGAGAAGCUCCUGACCUUCAAUACUCAACCUCUGAACUAGGAGGUGCCCCACUGGGGGUCCAACUCACAUGUGAUAUCAAGCCAGGAGAAAAUGAAGUCCCGUCAGAAGACGCACUGAUUCUUCAACUGCAACUUGCAAAAGGCCAAGAGAAAUUUGUGGAAUCACUAAAAAAUCAACAGAAGACAAUCACGGAACUGCAACAAAAACUGUCUGAGCAACAAAACCUACUCGUUAGUCAACAGAGAGAAAUUAUCGAGCAGCAGCGGAAAAUGUACGAGCAAAUGGAUAUGAUUAAAGUCCAAUACAGCAUCCUGUUCGAUACGGUGAAACAGAUGUCUUUCCAGAGUCUACAGGAAGACAUUCAGCACUAUUUUGAAGCCCAUCUUCAAGGAAUGCAGAACCAAGUUAGGAAUCAUCUCCAGAAAACCUAUUCUGUGCACAAAGUGGAUGUGGAUACAAAAGUGAUCGAUGUGGGAGGACCUGUCCUGGAUUGUGGUCACUGUGAAAGUGAUGAAUUUUGUAGUUUUCAGAAGACACCUCCUCAGUGUGAAAAAUGCACUCUAUGUCCUCCUGGGUUUUUUCAGCUGUCUGACUGCUCUGAAAAUGUUGACCGGAUUUGCCAGGAUCGUGAUGAAUGUAUGGAUUCGCCCAGUAUUUGUGGUGAGAGGAUCAAGUGUUUAAAUACUCCAGGCGGAUUUAGAUGUCUCGGAGUUGCUGAGAAGGAUGCAGCACUGGGGCUUUGUGGCGCUCAGUAUUUUUUCAAUAAGGAGCUACAGGAAUGCCAAGCUUGCUCUGAGUGCGAAGAAGGAGUUGUUGCUUUUGAGUGCACUGCGGAUAGUGACACUGUAUGCACGACAGCCAGCGAAACUAAGCUAACGGAAUCAUGGUCCGCUAGCCUUUCCCUGCCCUCCCCGAAGAUGGCGAACUCACAAGUGUAUCCUGGGUUAAGUUUAAAGAUCAAAGAGAAGUUACAGUGCGAAGUUUUGUCACCAGAAGAGAACAAAAUAAUAUUCAAGCAGCAUGGUUUAUUGUGGGCAGACCUUAAUUUUGCAGUAAAGCACAACUGCAGGAAUUUUCUACAGCUGUCCCUAAAAUUAAAUAACAGUGAAGAAGGAUACGAGCUCAGUGGUUCUCGGAUCGAACAGCCAGAAGGAAAAUAUUUUCAAAGUGUGAGUAUCAGCUGUGCGGCGGAGGUAGAGCCAAGCCAAACAUUAUCUGUGUUUCUAAAGAGCCCCAACCAGUUCUGCAACCAAAGUAAAGACCUUCACAUUUAUGACUUGAACACUCCAUUUAGCUUGUUUUGGUUAUCUCAUGACACGGGUGCAGUGGCCAUGAGUGCCCAGAUGUCAACUGCACUGCAUUACCAGACUAAUUAUAGACCUUCUUUUAAAAUCAUAUCUGUAUCUGAUCCAUACAUGAUAAGUUUGUCUCAUGAUGGAAGAAGCAUUAAGUUCACGGAAAUGGGUGUUGUCAAAUUUGUGUUCCAUCAAGCUCUCUACUCGAUGGGUCCUACGUGUGUCCGCGAGGGCUUCUCGCUGGUUUCCUAUAUAAAUCGCAAUGGCACAAACUCGGAACUUUUACAGAACUUUAAAUCAGGGGUCAACUACCGAGACACGUCCAUAUCGGCAUCGGGUGCGGCGAAAGUAAGUGCCGGGGAUGUCAUAAGUUUUGAGAUUCAGUCUCCAGCACAGUGCAACGUACGAUAUUUUGGAGAAAAUUCUGGCAUGAGCACCUUGAGUCUAAUCUGGAUCCCUUCCACCAUUUCCACCGCUAUCACAGCUUCUGUAUCGAGUGCGGGUUUACCUACAGGCGCGGUAAGAAACAAGGUUUUAAACUUUCGCCAGGAUUCAUCCAGUGAUAAAUUGAUCCAGCUUGUUACCUCUGGUCAGCUUGCUCAUAAAGCAUUCAUGUUUACUGAAAGGGGCGCAGCUAGUGUUUCUUUUAAUUUGAAGUUAAUCCAUUCAUGCAAUGUCAUUAAGAUUACUCUGAAUAAAUGGGAAAACGAGCAAGGCCCACCAGGAAUAAUUUCCCAACAAAUUGGUGGUCAGAUGCCUGAAGGGAGCCUAUGGACAAGUGUUACCCUUCGCUCUUCCUUUGAUGUUCAGAACGAGACAAAGAUAUCAAUUUCCCUGGACUGCGUGCGUGGAAGGAUCAACCAGAUCGCUCAUGAUCAGGGGACCAACUUAUCUAUUCUGUGGGUUUCUUCAUAGAGUUCUCAUAAAUGUAAGGUUUUAUUGGAUAAAGUGCAAUGAUAUUCUACUGUUCUAUGAUAGAAGCAUUGUUUUAAUGGUAAGAUGAAUGGUUUACAUUCUUAGAAUGAUAACUUUGUCAUGCCAGUUGCCUAAGAUUUAAGCAUUUAUGGAAUCUACAACAUGACCACAAAUUUAUCAUUUUUCCUCUAAAAAAAAGUUCAAAUGAACCACCCUGUCUCAUGAUUCUGUCCAGAGUCAACCAAUCAUAUAAAAAUGCCUUAGGUUUUUCAGAAAAUGCUCGCUGAAAAAUAAAUGAAUACAAAGUCAUCGUUGAGGUCAAGUUAUUCAUGCAACUUUUGUGAGAGGAAGUAAAUAGGGGCAAAUCAGGCCUGUUUUGUUGGCCAAUUAUGGUUGUUCCUAGUUUAAAACCAAUUAGAGUGUAUAAAUAUCCUUCAU